AUGAGCGAAGAAUUUGAAGAAUGCCAGAAAAAUCUUACAGAAUGUGAGCAGAAACUUAAAUAUUUGGAGAAGCAUCACAGCAGUGAUAAAGAAGUUUUGAAGAUGAAGGAGGCAGAAAUCAAGGAUUGGGAAGCAAAAUUUAGAGAUUUGCAAGCAGUCUUAGCAGUUCAAGAAGAACGAGUUAAAAAAGCUGAAGAAGAAGCAAACAACAAUCAGUUGCAAGUUUGUGACUUAAACAUUCAGUUAGAUUUUCUACGAAAGCAGUCUGAACAAAAACACGAUAAUAAUGAAAUGAUACAAGCACUGCGUGAAGAAUUGAAACAAGCUAAAAGAAAGAUCGUUGCCCAAGCUGCUGAUCUGGAAAAAGCUGAAUUGGAUGCUGAUGAAGCUGAACGCUCCUCUCGAGAAACUAUUGGUGAACUCGAGGAAGAAAUGCUCUCUUUACAAGAAAAAUUGAAAAUUCUUGAAAUUGAUGAAAAAAGGCAAACUGAAUGCUUGAUGAUUGCUGAAGAGGAGAAAAGAAAACUUCAGGAAGCAAACAAUGAAUGUGAAAAAAAGUGCGGAAUGCUAACGAAGGAUCUGGAAGAAAUUCGUGCUGCUCUGAUAGAUUCUGAGCAUAUUUUGGAGAAAUUAAAACUGGAUAACGAGAAAUUAUCAGCCAAAGCAAGUUUAGAGGAUGAAGUGCUUACUUUGGCUACUUCAUUGCAAUCAGCUCGGAAUGAAAUUAGGCAUGUUAAAAAAAUUGUAAAUGAAAUACGUCAGCAGUAUGAGCAACGAAUUGAGAUUCUCAAAAAGGAAGUAAAGGAAUUAAAAUCGUGUGGAGAUGAAAAAAUUAAAGAACUAUUCAGUGUUGUAAUGAAGAGUCUGAGGAAGGAAUUAGCUAUCAGUCACGAUAUUGAAUUGUACAAAAAUCGUCAGGAUUCUGUAAUUGAUAGCGAGAAAAUGAUAGAUAUUGAUUCAUUCUCGAAAUUCGAUUUCGAUGUGGAUUUAAGAGCUUUGAAAGAAUGCAUCGCAGAGGUAAUGGAAGAAAAGUUAGCAUCUAACCAACGCAAUGAUUCUGAAUUGGUAAUGAUGAAUAAACUUACUCAAACAGUGCUUCCUGUGAACUUUCAUGACAAAAGUAGCAUUUUUAUGAAUGAAAAAGAGGAAGAAGAAGAAGCUCGAGAACAUCUUGACGAAGAAGUUCUGAUGUUGAGACAAAAAAUUCAUGAAUUCGAGAUUGGUGAAAGUGAAAAUGACAAGAGCAGUGCUGUAAUGAUCAAUGAAUAUACUUCUGCGAAUCUGAAUAGUCAGGUAUGGAAUUUGAGAGCAGAAUUAUCGUCACUAAAAAAAGAAAUCAGUGAAGAAGAAAGAAACAAAAAACGACUUCAGAAACAUAUUCAGGAGUUGCAAAACACAAUUCAUAAUAAAGAAGCAAAUUUGAUAAUAAUGGAUUCAGUUGAAGAGGAAAAUAUGAAGAAAGAAAAUUCAGAAGGUGAAAGUUUUGUUGAAGAAACUGAUGAUAAAAUAAUACUUCAGAAUUCUUUGAAUAAUUUGAAGAAACUUUUAAAGCAGACAGCAGAUGGCAAAGAAGCAGCAGAAAAAGCAUUGACAAUGGCAACGAAGUUUCAAGAAAAAUUGGUAGAUGAUUUGAGAGAUCGGCUCAAACUUGCAGAAGAAGAAAAAGUAAGUUUGAAGAAAGACUUGAGAUCUGAUAGAAAGUUUAUCACUGAUGUGAAUUCUGAAGAAAAUGAAAGGGAAAACUUAAAAGUAGAAUCUGAAAGUGUACAAGUUCUUAGUCAAGGCAUAUCAAGCAAUCUCGAAAAAAGAUUACGUUCAGCAGAGCAACAAGUAGAAAUGCUCAAAUUCGAACUAGCUGAGGCUCAAAAAUACGCUAAAGUCUGCAAAUAUGAAGUGGAGGAGAAGAAUUUGGAUAUCGCUAAUUUCGCGAUGGAUAUACAAAGUUUGAAGAAUGAAUUGAAAGUAUGUAAAAUGCAUCAAGAAGAAAUUAAUCAUUUAGAAGAUCGUAAUAAAGUAUUAGAAUUUGAAAAUAAGAAUCUUAAUAACGAGAAUUCAUCACUAAAGGAAAUGUUGAACGAUAUAAGAGAAUCCCAAAUAACGAUGAAAAAUCAGCAAAUUAGCAAUUAUGCAUUGGAGAUAAAAGCUACUAGUGAAGAUUUAAAACAAAGUCGUGAAGCCUACGAGAUGCUAAAACUUGAAAUGCAUGGACUUUGUGAACAGCAUAGCGAAUCUUUGAAGGAAGUGAAUCGCAUGAAAAAUCUACUUGAUAUGGCAAACGUUGAGAAGGAACAAUUAAAAGCAGAGGCUCACAAUCGACGCGCUGAAGCUGAGCGCUUAUCACGUGAACGGUUGGAACUUGAACUAACCCGACAACGGUUAGAUGAAGCGAUAGCAGAAGGUGAACGUCAAACUCGAGAAUUAGCUCAAAUUAAAGCUCAAACUAAAACUGAUGAAAAAUUAGAAAAAGACCGUCAGCAAGAAAUUUUGCAUUUACGCCAACAAAUUGAUAGUAUUCAG